UUCAUUAAAAGUUGGUGGUUAACCUUGGUUUAAAACAUUGUAGAUGGCGUAAACUUCGUAAACUACAGGAAACGGGAAUAUUUGUGUUAUUGAUUUUUAAUAUUUUUUACAUAUAAACACAACAGGACGUAAAUUAAGUUUCCGGAAUACAUAAUUCUGCUAGUGGAAGUUCAUAAGUUUAUAAUGAGUGCGGGAGUGACCGAAGAAUUAAGGAAACGCGCUACUAAAGCGACAGAAUCAGAAAAUGGCGAAUCUCACAAAUUGGGAAGUGCAGAAUCCAACAGCAGCAGGGAGAAUCUCCAGUCAAAUCUGAGAGACAGUGAGAUCGACAGCGAAGAUGACAAAAUGGGACGUAAGGGCAGCAUUGACUUGUCCGGGUCUAUUCCAUCUGGCACAGACAAAGCUCCCAGCAUCCUAGACCAAAUGCUGCAGGACUUGCCGGACAAAUGGCGCAAUUGGGUUGUAAGGGGCAUUUUCAGCUUUUUGAUGCUUGUAUUUUUUUUUGUCGUUAUAUAUGGGGGACCCCUAGCUCUGAUGAUAACUACCUUGGUGGUUCAAGUGAAGUGUUUUCAAGAAAUCAUCAACAUAGGCUAUUCGGUGUACCGCAUACACGGUCUACCCUGGUUCAGGUCUCUUUCAUGGUACUUCCUGAUUACCUCGAAUUAUUUCUUCUAUGGGGAGAGCCUGGUGGAGUAUUUCGGCGUUGUAAUCAACAGAACAGACUUCCUACGUGUUUUGGUAACCUACCAUAGGUUCAUCUCGUUCUGCCUCUACUGCGGAGGUUUCGUCCUGUUCGUGUUGAGCCUCGUGAAGAAAUACUACAUGAAACAGUUCUCUCUGUUCGCUUGGACUCACGUAGCCCUCCUUAUCGUCGUGACGCAGUCCUAUCUCAUCAUCAAGAACAUCUUCGAGGGACUCAUCUGGUUCAUAGUGCCUGUAUCUAUGAUAAUCUGUAACGACAUCAUGGCGUACGUGUUCGGCUUCUUCUUUGGAAAGACGCCUCUGAUCAAAUUGUCACCGAAGAAGACUUGGGAGGGGUUCAUUGGGGGCGGCAUAUCGACAGUCUUUUUUGGGUUUGGGAUUUCAUACAUAAUGUGCCAGUACCCGUAUUUUGUGUGUCCCAUCGAGUAUAGUGAAACACUGGGUAGGAUGACGAUGGAAUGCGAGCCAGGAAUUCUUUUCCGACCAACCAAUUACAAAUUACCGGAGUUCUUAUGUGGAUUUUUGACUAUGUUUGGACUACCCGACAGCAUAUCAUUGUACCCGUUCAUGCUCCACUCCCUCUCGCUCUCUAUCUUCAGCAGCGUAAUUGGACCAUUUGGGGGAUUCUUUGCUUCCGGUUUUAAAAGGGCGUUCAAAAUUAAGGACUUUGGCGAUGUUAUUCCGGGACACGGGGGCAUCAUGGACCGUUUCGAUUGCCAGUUCUUGAUGGCGACAUUCGUCAACGUCUACAUCAGCAGCUUCAUACAGACGGAUAGUCCCCAGAAGCUGCUCUCUCAGGUGCUGUACCUGAAGCCAGAACAGCAGCUGCAGCUCUUCCACAUGCUGAAGGAGAAUUUAGGGAACCGUAACAUUCUAGCCCCCGAGGUGUAAUCGAAUAUUGAUGUUUCCGUAUCAUAAGGCUAUAUAUAUAUAAAGAGCUAUUUAUUUAUUUGUGCCAUCAGUGUUAGAGACAUAUAUAUUUUUACGUUAGAGUAAUUUAUUUUCGGUAGGUCUUCUCAACCCUAUUUAUUGAUCUCGGUUGUGUUUCGUUUCGAUCGGACGUCGUUGGUGAUUUAGGUAUGUGUACCUAUGGGGCAUAUCAGGAGGGGGAUGUAAAACAGGUGACAGUCGAGGAUGUAGGAAAUUGGUCUAUGGAAUAAAGGAUAAUUGUAUUGACGAUGUAAUCGAGUCAUAAAAAUAUCUAGUCACGAAGACGAGUGGAAAAUGACGUUCUGACACUAUUUUACAUCUCUUUGUUCUCUAUUGGGUCAUUUAUGUAUUCUAUCUCCGUUUUGAUGCCAGUGCUCUUCGAGUCUGUUCUGUUCAAGAAGUUGUGUUAUGGGACCAAGUUGUACCGUCACAGGCGACCUUAUUCGGAUUAAGUUUUUGGGCCUUCGAACCGGAUUUUUUCCCUGCAUCAAAUUCUUUACUGAGUUAAAUAACUAAAUUUUCUACCAUUUACCUUUGCAUUCGUCAUAGAAUAUAUAAAUGAUGUUCGUGUAUUCUACAGGGUAUUUAUCUACAGAGGUGACCUCUUUCCGGGCAUGUCAAUUUUACUGUAGAAUCGGUCUUUUAACAGCAAUAAAUCUUACAAAAAUAUCAAAAUGUUGCCACUGAGAAUACAACUCUUUUUUUUCUGGUUUACGAAUUGAAUUUAAAUAUCUUAGGUAGAUAAAUGUUAUGAAGUAAUAUGACCUUUAAUGUAACGUUUCGUCAUUCUUUUAUUGGUGGUCGAGGGAUGAAAAUGAACGUCUUUGGUUCCUAUAUAUUUUGGGGAAGUACUAGUGCAUUAAAAAAAAAAUGGAAGCUUGAAAUGUAAAUUAA